AUGCGAUGCGCUCCGUCGCGUGCUCGACUUUGUCACCGUGGUAGUGGGCGGAUACUACGACCGAGUGCUCGCUUCAAGCAUGACGUUUUGAAGGACGACCUGACGGUUGAUCCUAGACUCAGUGAUCUCGGCGUGAGAAUCAAGGACGAGUUUGCAGUUUUGCGCGACAAGUAUGAGGCGCCCAAAUAUCCGAUUGUCCUUGCACAUGGUCUGCUAGGAUUUGAUGAGCUUCGGCUGGCCGGCAAAUGGCUGCCCGGCGUUCAGUAUUGGCGGGGCAUUCGAGAAGCGCUGGAAGGGGCUGGGGUCCAGGUUGUUACGACGACUGUGCCGACGACAGGUUCAAUCAGCGAGCGUGCCGGUGCCCUCGAUGAGCAAAUCCGCGAGAGGGCCCAUGGCGAUGCUGUCAAUAUCGUUGCGCACAGCAUGGGCGGCCUCGACGCUCGAUACUUGAUCAGUCGCCUUCAGCCAUCAAAGUUUAAGGUCAAGUCUUUGACCACCAUCGCAACGCCUCAUCGCGGCUCAUCGGCCGCCGACAUGCUGUUCAGAGACAUUGGCGUGGACAACGUCAACCAGCUCUACAAACUACUCGGGCGUCUGAAGGUUGACACGGGUGCUUUUGCGCAGCUGACACGGGGCUACAUUAUGGAUACGUUCAAUCCUGUCGUGCCAAAUGACCCCGAUGUCAGGUACUUCAGUUACGGAGCUGCUGCCACUCCUCAUAUUUUGUCAGUCUUCCGACUGUCGCAUGAUCUGAUGGACAUCAUCGAGGGACCCAACGAUGGUCUCGUGUCAGUAGCGAGCAGCCGAUGGGGAGAAUACAAAGGCACGUUGAUGGGCGUGACACAUCUGGAUCUUAUCAACUGGACGAACAGAUUGAAGCGGUUGGCUGCGUUGGCAAAUCUGGUGAAGCCAGAGUUCAAUGCCAUUGCAUUCUACCUGUCGAUUGCGGACAUGCUGGCGAAGGAGGGCUUGUGA